CAAAACAAGAACAAACGCGCGGCCAGGGGAUUUCAACUGGCAUUACAUGUAAGACCUGACGUGACAAGACGACAGCCGUGGCCCGUGUGCUGCGUGUGCUGCCAUCUAUGGGAAGUGCAGCACUACAAUAUGUUUAUAUUUUUUCGCCCCUCACUAGCUGUGCACUUGGAUGGCGUCACGUGUGAUGCUUAGGCGGUCUCUGAGCGUCACGGGCGCAUUGAUGUCUCGACCCAACACCAUGGCGAAGGCACGCAAACAACCCAGCUCAGACAUGGCAGCAUUUCGCGAAGUGUUCAAAUCGGCCCAGCACGUAGUCGCACUUACGGGAGCCGGCAUCAGUGCCGAAAGCGGUGUGCCAACGUUCCGUGGUGCAGGAGGCCUCUGGCGAAAAUAUAAUGCGCAGGAUCUUGCUACGCCUACCGCUUUCUUGGCUAACCCGUCUCUGGUGUGGGAGUUCUACCACUACAGACGAGAUUUAGUGCUACAGAAAAAGCCUAAUGCGGCACACAAAGCUUUAGCAGAAGCAGAAAGUCACUUUGAGAAGGAAGGACGGACAUUUGUCGUUAUCACACAAAACAUUGAUGAACUACAUAGAGCAGCUGGAACUAAAAACCUGUUGGAGCUUCAUGGGACUUUGUUCAAGACCAGGUGUACCAAGUGUGGGCACAUAGAAGUCAACAGGGACAAUCCAAUCACUCCUGCCCUUGCUGGCAAAGGGGCUCCCGAUCCUGAUGCUCCCGAGGCUGCGAUACCAGUGGGCGAGCUGCCAAGGUGCAAAAAGUGCACUGGACUGCUGAGGCCACAUGUUGUUUGGUUUGGAGAGUCACUAGAACCCGAUGUUCUUGCCAAGGCAAACGUUGAACUUGAGAGGUGUGAUCUCUGCCUUGUGAUUGGUACUUCAUCUGUAGUAUACCCAGCAGCAAUGUUUGCUCCUGAAGUUGCGGCUCGAGGAGUUCCUGUUGCAGAAUUUAACCUGGAAUCUACUCCUGGCACUGAGAACUUUGGGUUUCAUUUUGAUGGGCCCUGUGGCACUACGCUACCCAAGGCUCUUGCUUUGUAAAACUUUUACUCUGCAGAAGAUCGGCGAAAUGCUGUCAACGCUAAUGUUAGCACACAUAGUGCUGGACUUUGUGCUCCGUGACGUUCACGAGGACAUGAACGAAGCUUUACAGUGCGAGUUGCAAGUGUACUGUGACACUUGUUGAGGACUUAAUGGUUUUAACAAUGGCAGCCACUCUAGUGAGGCAGAGGUAGCGUUCUAAGACCUGCGUUGCAAGGCAAAACUUGAAGGUCUUUAUAUGUUUAUUUUACUUGUGCUUAUUUACGAGUGUUCAGAGCGGCUUCAAUGUCACGCAGAUUGUUUGCAAGUUACUGGUCAUGCAGCUUUGUGUUGGUGGCAUAACCAACUUGUAAGCCAGGCUAAUGCAAUAAGCAGACUUUUGUGUGAAUACUGGAAGCCUUCUCUUGCAAUGCCUGUUGGUGUGGUACACAAUAAGAUGGCAUUUGUUACGAUAUAUUUCCAAAUAGCAAAAGAGAGGACAUUGAAAUGCUACACUAAGCUGACCUAUGUACCUAGUCUCUCUCUGCUGCUUCUCUUAAUGGGCCCAACCUUAGUCAUAUUGACAUUUAUAACUCCUAUUUUAUGUGUAUGGCAGUUAAUCUAGAUGCAUACAUUUUUUUCUACACAUUACUUCUUGCAGAGUUACUGCUCUCAUUUGGCAUACAAAUAAGUUGUGGCAUUCUCACUUUUCUGGAGGACCUCAUGAUUUUUUUCCUUUUUUAAUCUAUUUAGGCUAGCAGUGGUGCACGCUCGCGAGCAGACAGAACUUGUUGCAUUGCAGAAGCAUGGCAGUGGCAUUGAUGCAACUCAGUAGUGUCUUCAUCUGAAAGUUUGCACGAAUGAAUCCUUUGGUAAUAGGUCCAUUGCAUUGUAUCCUAUUGUCACAAGUAAUGCUAUGUCAGCACUCAUUCCAGAUUGAUGAAACGAAUGGAGUGUAAUGUUGCCACUAAACAUGUACAGUCACGAGCAAGUUUGGGGACCGAUUGGUGUGGCAAAGAAUUUUCUUUGCAGCCCGAGUAUGUUGGCUGAAAUCGAGUCAUCCAGCCUAUAGUCGGGUACAACUUAAGGCAGCGGUAUUUCCACCUCAAAGGUUAUUGCACACAAGCCUGCACCAAUGGACACUCAUUCUAGACUGACAUGUUGAGCCAUAUGGCUGGUGACCCUGUUGCCGGAGAACAUGAGCAAGACUAUUUCCUUAGCUGCAGAGGCAGUCGGCUGCCGCGCUGUGUUCAUCUGCGCGGGCCUCUCUUGCCUUAAGCUGUACCCAGGGUGUCAGAACAAAAUUUUUUUCCUUUUGGUUUUAGUUUCGUUCUACCGCAAAAAGUUCCAAUCCGUUUCUGUUCCGGAACGAAAAAAAAUCUUUCGGAACUGUUCGUAAUGUUUUUUUUUUUUUAUGCAAAAAAUUUGAAGUUAGGGUAUUCAUUAAAAAAAAAAAAACACUGGAUUUGUGAUAAAGUUACUUGCCCUCUUAAGAAAGUGGGACAGGGGUAAAACAUGUUCUUCAGAGGAGUGGAAGCAACUGUACCAUGAAUUCCUACCAACUAGCACAAACCAGUAUACCCUUCAGAGUCGUAGUAUUUUCUGAAAAAUCAAUUACAAUUUUUUUUAGCGGGCUCAAUGCUUUUGUGUCAAGGGAGUGAACACAAUCUCAGAAGCAGCACGUCAUUGAGUGUACUCUUUGUUGUGCGAGACCACCGUUCUGAUAAAAAAAAUCGCUUGGCCUGCGCGGAAUACGCAGCACAGUCGCAGUGAAAGCUGGAAGAGCGGCCUUUCUAGAGCCCGUUGUAGACUCACUUGGGGCAACUGCUAAUACAAGUACACAUGCGAGGCACCCACUACGCCAUAUGUCAUAGUAAUUUUUCUGAAGUAGCGAAGCACUCACUAUGCCAUUAUUCGUCAUUCUUCGGAGAAUCGUGGUACCCGCUACACAUCUGUAAGGCAUUAUGUGCACUUUGUGCUGUGGCUGAUGACGAUGAAGAAUUAUGGCCGAGCCCUUUGUAAUGGGUUGGAAGCAUCCAACGACCGACUCGUUGCGCAAUUCGCAUUGUGCGACGCCAGGUUGUUAUUUUACUCUUCUGUCGUGCUAUAUUACAUACAUGUUAUCCCAAUUCCUUGCCCGACAUGACGCUUGUAUAGAGUAUUUUUGCGAAAGAGUUACAAGCAACAGCAUGGCACUGUGGUGGAAUACUCGACUGCCACUCAGAGGGCACGGGUUAAAAAACACAUCCUAUCCUAGGAAUUUGUUUCUUAUUUCAUUUUUUCUUAUUUCACGCGAUAGUGGUUACGGACACCGGCUGCGGCGGUGGACAACUAUGGCGCCAAAAUCGGCUGUUGUGAUCUCAUAACAGCCCUCACUGUAACAAACUUCAGCACUGACAAUGCCCUCUCCAGGCUGGCCUGCAUGACAGGCGCACAGAAGUCUACCUGCAUUAAUAUAAACAUCUCUGGUUGCCACUGUUUUCGUUUUUCGCACAAUUUGAACAUUGCUUUGGAAUUUCUUCCUGAGGUACGCGCUAAUACUGUACUCUAAGAUAUGCAUAAUUGCUCAGUUGACCUCAGUUGUUCUGGAUUGCGAAGUUUUCUCGUGAACCGAAAAACGAUUAAAAAAAUUUCAGUUUCACUCCGGAACGAAAUAAUAGAUAAUGUUUCAGUUACAUUUUCGUUCUGGUCAAAAAGUUUUUUUUUUUUUUUCGUUUUUGGUUUUCAUUCCGUUCCGACACACUGGCUGUACCAGACUAUAAGUGUGCAUUUUGGCCAAUGCGACGUAUUGAAGCAAUUGUACACUGUGGAGCUGUAUUUUAACUUUUUCUUGAUGCCGUGGUCCCCAAACUUUUGCUUGCGACUGUACAGUAUAAUGUUUUACAAGUGUAUAAAAUGAACACAUUGAUAAACAUGCAGUGCUUUUAUGGAUGCCUUUACUUGAAGGGACACUAAAGGCAAAUAUUUAGUCACGUGGACUGCUAAAAUACCAUUCCAGAGACCUUGCAGUGCUUGCUUUCAUGUCAAGAAAACAUUGAGUUCUAGAGAAAAUUGCAACUAAAAGAGGCCUGGAUUUUUAAUGUAGUUCAAAUCGCCCACCACUAGCAAUGCAGUGUGAUGCUACACACGUCAUUGCUCCCCCUUACUGCUGGCUGUUAGUAAAACAGUGCCGAAGAGCCAGCAUUGUUUUCCUUUUUUUCCAAGCAGAAAGGCAUGACCAGAAACAGGGCCAGGACAUCACACAAACUAUUAUUUCUAGCUGCUAUGAGCUUUGUGAGCUCGGAAGAUCAUUGCUGCGUUACGCGACACAAAAGAACCAAUCAUUAGCAUGUGCGCUGCACGGAGCCAAGCAGAAACAAUAUCUUUUUACCACCCGCAUUGUCAGGUGCAACGUCAUUGAGUGUGUUUCUGAAAAUUGAACAGCAGCAGAUGGAUAGCAUUUCUUUCCUCUUAUGAUGAAAUGCAAUGAUCUUUUUUUUUAGUAUCAGUGGUUGAAAAACAGUUUCACAAUUACAAUGAUACGUUAAGCCAUUGAGCUAGUACUGGAAUGAUCCAGCAGAUUCUCAGUGUGUUCUACAUUUACCUACGUUUCUUGCUUGAUGCUGUAGACAUUUUGGGGGUUUUCUCACUAGUUUCAUUUUGACUUAAUAUUUGGCACUAGUGUCCCUUUAAAGUGAUGUGGAAUUGAAGUAGGCAUGUUUACAGCUUUCUCGUGUCAUUUUUCAUUCAGACCAU